AUGUCUCCUCGAUCCAGAGGUGCACGGCGCGUCGCUGAUGCUUUCGCAUCUCCGUCAAUCCACCACGUCUGUUCGUCAUGUCUACAAACUCUGUUGAAACGGACCUAUGCCUCUGCAGCAACCGCCAAAGCCAGCCUUGAAUCGCAGUCUUCGUCUAACACCCAACUGUCCCCGUCAGGGCCUGAGGCGUCCCUGUCACCACAACCACUUUACACUAUAAAAGCUGGGAUUGUCCUUUCCCGUCCGCCCCUGAUCACACCAGACCCUCACCCCUUCGAAACCGCCUUUCAUCUCUAUCAACGUCGUCUAAACGAGCGCCUCGUAUUACCUUUCACGCAGUACUUCUACUAUCGCCGCAACACGCCCGCAUUUGAACAUUGGCGCAAACACCGCCGUGAGCGAGGCGGCGCCGCAACGCGCGACAUCGGGAAGUAUAACGCGUACAGUCCGGACGCGUGGAAUGAUGAAGUCCUCGUGGGCGAUGAGACCGGGAAACCGGAGAAGAUUGUAGAGCAGCUCAUCUCCGAAGAGGGCAGAGCUGAUGAGUUCACUGGGCAAGGAGACCCCAGGUUUGCGGGCCUGAGAAGGCAUACGGAGGCGGAUGAGAAGAACGAUCAGAGGAGUCUUGAGAGGAGGCUGCAGAGGACAUUGUAUUUGUUGGUCAAGUUAAAGAACAAGGGUGGGCAAGCGAAAGAGAAGGCGGCGGAUGAGAACAGUGAAAAAUGGUUAUGGAAGUUUCCCUCUGGGCCGGUUGUUGGUUUUGAAGGAUUAAAAGAGGCCGCGCAACGCAUUCUCUUCAGCUCACUAGGCCCUAACAUGAACACCUUUUUCGUUGGCAAUCACCCUGUUGGCCACUAUGUGGCACGCUUUGCCUCACCGCGCCAGGCUCCAUCUUCGCCCCCUUUGUACAUCCGAGGAUCGUCGUCUGGAGCUUCAGAAUCUCCAUCGUCCACACUAUCGACAGCAACGACAGAAGCUGAAGGGGCCAAUGAAUCGACACCCCUCCAGCAAGACCUUGCGGCACCACAGGCCCUAGUCGACGGUGAAAAAACAUUUUUCAUGAAAGCGCGGAUAAUGGCUGGCCAAGCCGACCUCUCAUACUCUACUUCUCAUUCCGAUCCCAACAUCAAAACGGCAAAGGCCCUGACGGAUAGUAACGCUCCCAGCCUGGACAAGGGUGAGGCUAAGGAUAAAAAGGGUGUCAUUGCCGAUAUGGGAUUGGAUGAGAUUGAAGAUUUCAAGUGGUUGAGUAAAGAUGAGGUGGAGGAGCACGUGCAUCCAGAUUAUUGGGUGAAGGUGAAGAACAUGCUUGUUGCACAGUAA